GCUUGACACAUUGGUGUGGAUGUGCCCCAUCGUCUUAAAGUUGUCACGUGUCCAGUUCAGUGGUUGACCGAGGGUUCUUCCAGAAGCACUGACACACUAUUUCCUUCCCGUACGCUGCCAUGAAGCUCAGCGUGGCAUUGUUCUUUGCGGGCCUUUUCGGGGCCCUGGCGGUGGUCUUCAUCCUUCUCUCGUUCGGAACUGAUUACUGGCUGCUGGCCUCGGAAAGUUGUUGGAAACCUUCUGAUAACGACGGCACUGCUGUGAAGGAUGGAGAUACGCCAGUACAGAAUGCUACCAGUGGGGUCAUUUUGUACCACGAGGGCUUUUUCUGGAGGUGUUCUUUUGGAGGCAACAUGCAAGAGGAAGAUCUGCUAUGGACGCUUUGGUUCACAAAUCAACCUCACUCCAAAGUGUGCAUGCACUCCUACCUCUUCCCAUUCCCUGUGUCCCAUCACACCCACAAUGCCACGGCCUAUGAAUCCGCCAUCAUCUACAGAGGCUUCUGGAGCAUCUUCAUGCUCAUCGGCGUGGCUGCCGUGGUGCUCGCAGGUUUCUUCAUCAUCUGCGCUGCUCCCUUCGCCAGCCACUGCUUGUACAAGACGGGAGGUGGCUUCUUCUUGGCAUCGGGUUUCUUCCUACUGUGCGUGGUUGUGAUGUACGUGCUGUGGAUCGAGGUGUUGGACGUGGUAGAUGUCUACGUGAAUUAUCAGCGUUCCACCAUGUGUCCGGACUUCCAUCUAACUCUCCACUAUGGCCUUUCCUUCAUGUUCGCCCCUAUUGGCAUUUUCUUCUCUUUGCUGGCCGGCCUCCUCUUCCUCCUGAUCGGCCGAACCGUCAAGGUUUAUUAUCAUUAACUGGGGAGAAUCAAAAGGGAAACAUUUGGAAUUUAAAUCAUGUCCAUUGUAAAACAGACUACAGUGCAAAAAUUUCAGCCUCUACAGCAGGGGCCUCAAAACUUUCAGAAAAAUCAAAGGAUGCAAGGGUCAACUUGAAAUCCUUCCACUUUUAUUUGUUAAACAGAAGAUUGGAAUUGGGUUUUAAAAAUGUAUUUAUUUUUAAGUAUUAACUGAUUUACUGCCAUUGGCAGAACCCCCUGUUAUUAUUCAUUUGUGUGAUCACUGGUGGAUAAUCACUAAAUAAUCUCACUUACAAGUAUUGUGUGUUUCACAUAUUUUUAACGUUCUACAUUGAACGGUUUGUCAGAAGUAUUGAUGACAUGUGAAUAUUUUCUUUUCCCUUGUCUUUUUAUGUGAUGGCAGCAUUUCAUUUUUUAAAAUCAAUGAUUAGGGAUCUUCCUGAUUCGAUCACUUGAUCGGAGGUCAGGCUCAGAAUUUUUAUUUUUAAGUAUUGAAUCAUUGGCUGGAUGUUUAUCGCCGUCAAUGGCAGUGAAACAUGAUCACUCAAUGUCACCCUUCCCAGCUCAAAGAAAUUUAAUGUCUAUUGUGAAUGCGUUACAAGUGACAAAAUAAUCCAGAGUUAUUACGAUUAGGGAUGUGCCCGAUCCGAUCGUGUGAUCGGAAAUCGGGCCUGGGCACGUCAUUUCUAGAAGAUUUUAAUUUAGAUUUAGAAGUUUUUAAGAUUAGAAAAAUAUUAUUAAAGGGCUAAAAAGCAAACAAAUAUGACAAACAAAACGUUCAAGGACAUCAUCAAAAGAAACUAAAAAAAACUAAUAUUUUUUGUCCUACGCAAGAUUUCUAGAGGAUCGGAAUGGGCAAAGACUUCAUAAUAUAUUGAUGGGGCACGGGGCCGAUUAAUAGGGGGCCUGCAUUGUUGACGUGGCCGUCAACAGCUUUUUUCAUUGAAAAUUCUUGUGAAUAAAUGCUUAAAUUUCUGAAUUCUUUAAAGAUAUGGACGCAAAACAGUCUUGAUUCUUGGUUAAAAGCAAAAAAAAAAAAAACGUGCAGUGGGAAUUUAUUUUACGUAAAUAUUGCGAAUUAUGAUGCUAGUCAGUAAGCAAAUGUAGCGGGCGCCUUAUGUAACAGAGCUUUUCCAGUGAAAAUUCUUGUGAAAAUAUGCUUAGAUCCCUGAAUUCUUUAUAGAUAUGGACGUAAAAGUCUAGAUUCUUGGUUAGAAGCAAAAAACCUAGUGCGGUUAGCAUUUAUUUUACGUAAAUAUGUCAAAGUACGAUGCUAGUCUGUCAGUUAAUGUGGCGGCCGCCAUAUGUAAACAAAGAUUUUCCGGUGAAAAUUAUUGUGAAUAAAUGUUUAAAUCCCUGAAUUCUUUAUAAAUAUGGACGUAAAACAGUGUUUUUUCUUUUUCUUUUUAAAUAGAUAUGGGCGUGAAAAAGUCUCGAUUCUCGGUUAAAAGCAAAAAACAAAAACAAAAAAACAAAAGAACGUGCAGUUAGCAUUUAUUUUACAUAAAUAUUGCGAACUAUGAUGCUAGUCAGUAAGCAAAUGUAGCGGUCACCUUAUGUAAACCGAGCUUUUCCGGUGAAAAUUCUUGUGAAAAAAUGCUUAAAUCCCUGAACUCUUUCUAGAUAUGGACGUAAAACAGUCUCGAUUCUUGGUUAAAAGCAAAAAACAAACCCCAAAAAACCGUACAGUUAGCAUUUAUUUUACGUAGAUAUGUCGAAGUACGAUGCUAGUCUGUUAAUCAGUGUGGCAGCCGCCGUAUGUAAACAGAGCUUUUCCGGUGAAAAUUCUUGUGAAUCAAUGCUUAAAUCACUGAAUUCUUUAUAGAUAUGAAUGUAAAACAGUCUCGAUUCUUGUUUGAAACAAAAAAAACCCCAGUGCGGUUAGCAUGUAUUUUAUGUAAAUAUGUCGAAGUACGAUGCUAGUCUGUCAGUUAAUGUGGUGACCGCCAUAUAUAAACAAAGAUUUUCCGGUGAAAAUUUUUGUGAAUAAAUGUUUAAAUCCCGAAAUUCUUUAUAAAUAUGGACGUAAAACAGUGUUUUUUUUUAAUUUUAUUUUUUUAUAGAUAUGGGCAUAAAAAAGUCUCGAUUCUUGGUUAAAAGCAAAAAAAAAAAAAAAAAAAAAAAAAAAAAAAAAAAACAGAAAA